AUGCCUGUGCCCCCCAGACCAGGCCUGCUGCUGCUGCUGCUCCUGCGUGUCCCGUGGGCUGUGAGAGCCCAGGUCAACCCAGCGGUGUGCCGGUACCCCUUGGGAAUGUCAGGCGGGCACAUCCCUGAUGAGGACAUCUCAGCCUCCAGCCAGUGGUCUGAGUCCACAGCUGCCAAGUAUGGACGGCUGGACUCAGAGGAUGGCGAUGGUGCUUGGUGCCCUGAGAUCCCGGUGGAGCCUGACGACCUGAAGGAGUUCCUGGAGAUUGAUCUGCACGCACUCCACUUCAUCACGCUGGUGGGCACCCAGGGCCGCCAUGCUGGGGGCCACGGCAAUGAGUUUGCACCCAUGUAUAAGAUCAACUACAGCCGGGACGGGACCCGGUGGAUCUCCUGGAGGAACCGGCAUGGGAAGCAGGUGCUGGAUGGAAACACCAACCCCUACGACAUCGUCCUCAAGGACCUGGAGCCGCCCCUUAUCGCCCGCUUUGUCCGCUUCAUCCCCGUCACUGACCACUCCAUGAACGUCUGCCUGCGUGUGGAGCUGUACGGCUGUGUCUGGCUGGAUGGGCUGGUGUCCUACAACGCGCCGGCUGGGCAGCAGCUUGUCCUUCCCGGGGGCACUGUCAUCUACCUGAAUGACUCGGUGUAUGAUGGGGCGUUUGGGUACAGCAUGACGGAGGGCCUGGGCCAGCUGACGGACGGGGUAUCGGGGCUGGACGACUUCACGCAGACCCAUGAGUACCACGUCUGGCCGGGGUACGACUACGUGGGCUGGCGCAACGAGAGCACUGCCGGCGGCUACGUGGAGAUCACCUUCGAGUUCGACCGCAUCAGGAACUUCACUGCCAUGAAGGUUCACUGCAACAACAUGUUCGCCAAAGGGGUGAAGAUCUUCAAGGAGGUGCAGUGCUAUUUCCGUGCUGACACCAGCGAAUGGGAGCCCAGUGCUGUCUCCUCAGUGCUGGUGCUUGACGACGUGAACCCCAGUGCCCGCUUUGUCACCGUGCCCCUGCUUCACCGCAUGGCCAGUGCCAUCAAGUGCCAGUACUACUUUGCUGAUGCCUGGAUGAUGUUCAGUGAGAUCACCUUCCAGUCAGAUGCAGCCAUGUACAACAACUCGAUGGCCCCCCUUGAUGUGCCUGUGGUUCCCACCACUUAUGACCCCACGCUCAAGGUAGAUGACAGCAACACGCGCAUCCUGAUCGGGUGCCUGGUGGCGAUCAUCUUCAUCCUGGUGGCCAUCAUUGUCAUCAUACUGUGGCGGCAGUUCUGGCAGAAGAUGCUGGAGAAGGCAUCACGACGGAUGCUGGAUGAUGAAAUGACUGUCAGCCUCUCCCUGCCUAGCGAAUCCAGCAUGUUCAACCACAACCGCUCCUCAUCCUCCAGCGAGCAGGAGUCCAGCUCCACCUAUGACCGCAUAUUCCCCCUGGGCCCCGAUUACCAGGAGCCCUCCCGCCUGAUCCGCAAGCUGCCCGAGUUCACUCCAGGGGAGGAGGACGCAGGCUGCAGUGGUCCCGUGAAGCCAUCCCAGGCCAGUGUCCCUGAGGGUGUCCCCCACUACGCUGAGGCUGACAUCGUGAACCUGCAAGGUGUGACGGGCGGCAACACAUACUCGGUGCCAGCUGUCACCAUGGACCUGCUCUCCGGCAAGGAUGUGGCCGUCGAGGAGUUCCCUAGGAAGCUGCUGACCUUCAAGGAGAAGCUGGGGGAAGGCCAGUUUGGGGAGGUUCACCUCUGCGAAGUGGAGGGGAUGGAGAAGUUCACAGGCAAGGACUUUUCCCUGGAGUGCUUGGACGCCAGCUCCAACCACCCUGUGCUGGUGGCUGUGAAGAUGCUGCGUGCGGAUGCCAACAAGAAUGCCAGGAAUGAUUUUCUGAAGGAAAUCAAGAUCAUGUCACGGCUGAAGGACCCCAACAUCAUCCGGCUGCUGGCGGUGUGCAUCACGGACGACCCGCUGUGCAUGAUCACCGAGUACAUGGAGAACGGAGACCUUAACCAGUUCCUGUCCCGCCAGCAGGCAGGCAGCCCCUCUGCUGGCCAGGAGCCCACCAUCAGCUACAGCGACCUGCGGUUCAUGGCCACCCAGAUUGCCUCUGGCAUGAAGUACCUCUCCUCCCUCAACUUCGUGCACCGAGACCUGGCCACACGCAACUGCCUGGUGGGGAAGCAGUACACCAUCAAGAUUGCUGACUUCGGCAUGAGCAGGAAUCUCUACAGCGGGGACUACUACCGCAUCCAGGGCCGAGCAGUGCUUCCCAUCCGCUGGAUGUCCUGGGAGAGCAUCCUGCUGGGCAAGUUCACAACAGCCAGCGACGUGUGGGCGUUUGGCGUGACGCUGUGGGAGACCUUCACGCUCUGCCAGGAGCAGCCCUACUCCCAGAUGUCUGAUGAGCAGGUCAUCGAAAACACUGGCGAGUUUUUCCGGGACCAGGGCCGGCAGACCUACCUUCCCCAGCCUGCACUGUGCCCUGACUCAGUGUAUAAGCUAAUGCUCAGCUGCUGGAGACGGGACACUAAAGAUCGUCCCUCCUUCCAGGACAUCCACCGUCUUCUCCAGGAGUCAGCCAGUGAAGAAUGAUCUCUGUGGCUCCCCCUCAGCCCGAUCCCCAUCCUUCCCCAUCCCCGAGGAGCCCCAUACGCAAACCGAAGCCACUUCACUCGGACUUUAGCAAUACAACCCGGGCAGCUGGUCAUGUUCUCAUUGUACAGUGAAGACUCCGAGGAAAACCCCAAAGGCAACAAGGAGAGCCAUGGUGUGGGAUGACUCGGACCUCCCGCUCGCAUGCUGACCCGAGCCCGGGAGCGACGGGGGCUGGGACAAGGGUUAUUUAUUGAUGCAG